UCGCAUUGGACACCGUCGGCUCGGCCACAUCCUCGAGCCACGUCGCGCUUUACUCGCCAUUUUCCCAUCUUCCGAAGCCAGAAUCGGUCUGUCCUGGUGUCACGGUGUCAUUCUGCACCACCGGGUCUCACAUUGAAUACCCACCGGAGUCGAACCGAGCUCCUCGCAGAGUCUUACGUCGGCUUGCUUCGGCUGGAGCUCCAGGAAACAUGAACAUUUUCAGGCUAACCGGCGAUCUCUCCCACCUAGCAGCCAUCAUCAUCCUGCUGCUAAAAAUAUGGAAAACCAGGUCUUGUGCCGGUAUUUCCGGAAAGAGCCAGGUCCUGUUUGCCUUGGUGUUCACCACUCGUUACCUGGACCUGCUCACUGCCUUCAUCUCUCUCUACAACACCACCAUGAAGGUCAUCUACAUUGGAUGCGCGUACGCCACUGUGUACCUGAUCUACGCCAAGUUCAAGGCGACUUAUGACGGGAACCACGACACGUUCCGAGUGGAGUUCCUGGUUGUCCCCGUUGGUGGCCUGGCUUUCUUGGUGAACCACGACUUCUCUCCCCUGGAGAUCCUUUGGACAUUCUCCAUCUACUUAGAGUCCGUGGCCAUCCUGCCCCAGCUCUUCAUGAUCAGCAAGACCGGUGAGGCGGAGACCAUCACCACCCACUACCUGUUCUUCCUGGGACUCUACAGAGCCCUCUACCUCAUCAACUGGAUAUGGAGGUUCUACUUUGAGGGAUUUUUUGACAUGAUCGCCAUCGUCGCCGGGGUUGUGCAGACCAUCCUCUACUGUGAUUUCUUCUAUUUGUAUGUUACAAAAGUACUGAAAGGAAAGAAGCUGAGUCUGCCUGCCUAAGUGCCAAAGAGGAGUGUUUUGGCAGACUCAAAGCGGGGGGAACCAGAGGGGAGGUGGAGUGCUCGUGGACACCUCUGACACCCCAACCCACCCCACCCUGCCGCCGCCACCACCACCACCACUUCCCUCUUCCCCCUCCCGCCAGCGUAAGAUGCCUGAGACAGAGAGCGAGCGGGAGCUGCCGACUGCACCUUCUUCUGACCCAGAAUCAGUGGAAUCGGAUCACCUGCAGUGGCUGGUCUGUGGCCUUCGGAUUUCUGUUUGACGCAUCUUGCCUUAACUGUUUUUUAUUUCUCUGUAUAAAGGAAGAAAAAAAGAGAAAAAAGGAAAAGUUUUCUACAAAAAAAAAAGUGUACUCUGAAGAUUCGACACAUUGGUGAAUAAGAGCUGAAGAUACCAAAUUGCCUAUGAUUUGGCAUUGUAUGAUACUGAGGCGGACUUCUUGUGGUGGGAUAUUAAUGACUUCAGCGUUUGUAAUAGUAUUUGCAAUGGAAAUAAAUGUGCUUUGUUUUUCCCUGAAUCAAUUUGGGGAGGACUUUGUUGAAUCCUCCUAACCUUGGUGGGCAAAUCUUUCAUUGAUAAUUCGUAUGCAUUCCCAAGUAUGAAGACGAUUUCUUCCCGUUUCCGAUGCCCUUCUAUAAAUGCCAUGAUUCAACAAGUCUCUUUUCAAGGAAGAAAAAAAUGAACUCAGACAUUACUCUUCAGUUAUACAUUUUGUUCAGUUGCCUUCAAAAUUGACCACUAUGCAUUGCUCCUGUGAUAUUUUACCUUACCAUAUUUAGAAACUUUAUAGCGAAAAACAACAAAAAGAAAGCAAAGGGGUUGAAAGGACGACAAUGAACUCUCAUAUCUGUAAAUGGCUUUAUUCAUUUGUACACUCAGUUCAUUACCCAAUAAUCACCUGUAAUUAUAGUUCAGGGCCCAGCCCAUUUAAUUUACGAUUCAUUUAAAUAAUUGAGAUCAUGUGCUGUAGGUUAAGUAUCACUACAGAUAUUCAUUUUUUUCUUUUCCCUUUUAGGUGCAGAUGUAUUUAUUUUUUAUCUUCCUGGUUUCCAAUAAACAAAGAGUCCAUAGAAUUGUCCACGUGCUGUGCAUAAUUUUAACCCUUUAGAAAUUAAUCUUUUUUUCUUUGGGACCCGGGGAUGGAUGAGAGGCACAAAAUCAUUCUCAAGACACAUUUGCUUCCAUUUCUUCCCUUUUCUGAUCUUUCACCAGAGCGUUUUGCAUGCUGUUGCCACCACAAAUAAAGACUACAUGGGAAA